GUUACAAUACAGUUUUCAGGGCUCUCAGUCAGCUCUUGGUGACUACUACUGGCGCGCAUGCUUCUUGUUGAAGUAAGGCCCAAGCCCUUUAAGUCCAAGACACUUCAACGCGCCACUCCAACUCCCCCUGUGCCCUUCCCCCAUCGUGUGCAGCAUGUUCGAUGUGUUCAGCGCUAUUGGGAAUGCAGUUACAGACAUUGGCCAGGCCACCGGCCUGAACCGGGCCUUUGGCUUGCUCUACACCAAGGGCCUGUCAGGUCAACGCCAGGAGCUGCUGAAGCUGCUGGUUGCUGCGUCCGCCAACGUGUAUGAGCAUGCUAACGAUGAAGACUACAAGUACGAUGAGACACGGUUCCUGGGCAGCCGCCUUCGCCGCACGGACGAGGGCAGCAAGGGCUCCGGCUACGGCUACGUGCGCUACGCGGUGUACCAGGUGGCGAGCGGCCCCUACGCCGGCAAGACAAUCCUGGCGUACGAGGGCACAUUCAGCAGCGACCAGAAGUGGCAGGACUUCAAGCUAAUGCUGGGCAACUUCAAGGAAACGGCCAACACCGCCGAGUCCAUAUACCACCAGGUCCGCCCCGACUUCAUCACCGGCCACUCGCUGGGCGGCUGCAUUGCCGAGGUGGUGUGCUCCAGGACCGGGUGCCGCGGUGCCGCCUUCAACGCGCCUGGGCCCUGGUCGCCUGUGGCGGAACUCAACGUGGUUGACGGGGACAAGUACAACGACGUUGAGUUUGAGAUCCACCUGGCUGUCGCGGACCCACUGGUCGGCUUGGCCAAUCAACGCGAGCGCGGGUGGCCGCGGCCACGGGCACAUCGGCAAUGAGGAGAGCGGCGCCUUGCACUGGCACGAGGGUGCUGGUGUCCUCGGCACGCACGCUGUUGACUGCAUGGUGGCAGCCAUUGGCCCCCUGUGAGCGCAGCGCGCGCCAGCCGGAGUGGAGGCCGCAGCAGGCCGGGCCGGGCGGGGCUGUGCACUGCAGAGAGGCCGAGUGUCCGUGUGAGGUUUUGAGGCGGGGCGUAGGGGACCCUGGGGACGGGGGGCGGGCACCUAGUCUUCCAUUCAUGAUGAGGAGCGUGACUCAUUUUGUCAUGAGUUCUGCUGCGGGACCGGCAGUGUCUGCGCUGGAUUCGGGAAAUCCCGCGUCGCAAUCUGUCUGAAGGCACGUGCGAUCUAUUCAUUACCAGUAUCAGUGUGUGCUGACGUUCACGUUGAGGGAUUGCGUUGUGCGGCUUAACUCUGCCAACCGUGAACGUCACAGAUCCACAUUGCGGCACACACACACACACACGCACACACACACACACACACACACACACACACACACACUGAACAUACAAACACACUGAACAUACAUAUGAGGCCUGUCAUCUUGGCUGUUGUGGUGGUGCCGCUUAGCAUCCUGCUUGUUGGGAGCACUCAACACGCACCGUGUGUAACACACACCUUGC